ACUUGAAAUUGCCAAAAAACAAAAAAAGAAAAAAGAAAAAGAGAAAAACGAAGGAAUCCUCACAAGACGACCACCACGAACAGGCGUUGCAUAAACGCGAAGAAGCGGGCGACGCCGGCGAACAGGGGAGCGAUUACCGGCGAACAGACGUUACAGAAACGUGCGAAGACCGGAGGUAGAUCGUGGACUGACUGCAAUCACAUGCUUCUGGGUUUUCUUCGUGGCUGCAGGUUACCACACCUGUUACUGGUUACCUACGUUUCAUUUCACCAUGUCUUCAGCAUCAACUGUUUCUCAAUCUGUGUCACUUCCUGCUCCGCCUACUUCAAAUUCUGUUGCUAAUGGUUCUUCAAUUCCCAAUUUGAUCCCUGCCCCAUCUUUCCAUAGUCACCAACUACUGCCUGGAACUCCCAUGGUACCUGGGCCACCGGGAAUGUCACCGUCGCUGCCAGUAGUGUCGACAACUCCGGCAGCUCUGUUUCCACCAAACGAUUCUGCUUCCACUAUCCCGGGACCCCAUAUGCAUGCAACUCCUAACUCAAUUAAUCCUUCUUUACGUCCACAAAUUUGUGGUUCGUAUCCUUCUCUAACUCCUGUUGUUUCUCCACCUCAUGCGAUCUGGUUUCAGCCUCCUCAGUUGGGAGCCAUGCCCAGGCCUCCCUUUCUGCCAUACUCUGCUUCUUACCACGGCCCUCUUCCUUUUCCUGCUCGUGGAAUGCCCCUUCCCUCUGUCCCAUUGCCUGAUCCUCAACCUCCCGGUGUUACUCCUGUUCAAGUUGCAUCUGCCAUUGCUGUGUCAUCUGGUCAUGGAAAUCAGCUUAGUGGCAAUUCGUUGAUUCAGACAGACUCAAAUCAUCCUCAACUUGAUAGCCAGAAACACGCUCAAGGUGUAGGGCAAUCUGAGAACAUCCCUUUAACUAAACACUCGGAGGAUUGGACUGCUCACAAGACCGAGGCAGGAAUAAUCUAUUACUAUAAUGCAUUGACGGGAGAAUCUACCUAUGAAAAGCCUUCCGGUUUCAAAGGGGAGCCUGAAAAUGUCAUGGCGCAGCCAACAUCAGUUUCAAUGUCAAACUUGUCUGGUACGGACUGGGUUUUGGUUACUAUGGGUGAUGGUAAAAAGUACUACUACAACAACAAGACAAAGAUUAGCAGUUGGCAAAUCCCAAAUGAAGUAUCUGAAUUGAGGCAACAGAAUGACGAAAAAACAAAAGAACAUUCAGCUCCUUUGCCAAAUAAUAAUGCAUUGACCGAUCUAGGAACUUCCUCUAUCAGUAUCAAUACUCCUGCCAUUAAUACAGGCGGUCGUGAAGCCACACCCCUUAGAAUGGUUGGAAUAUCAGGGUCAUCUUCUGCUCUGGAUUUGAUCAAGAAAAAAUUGCAAGACUCUGGAACUCCUGUAGCUUCCUCGCCUAUUUCAGCUCCAACAGUAGCUCAACCAGAUGUGAAUCUGCUGAGAGAUGCUGAUGCUACAGUUAAGGCACUGCAGACUGAGAACAACAAGGAUAAGCCGAAAGAUGCUGAUGGUGAUGGAAAUGUAUCUGACUCCUCCUCGGACUCCGAGGAUGUAGACAAUGGGCCAACUAAUGAGCAGUUAAUCAUCCAGUUUAAGGAAAUGCUUAAGGAGCGAGGAGUGGCACCAUUCUCUAAAUGGGACAAGGAAUUGCCGAAGAUAGUUUUUGAUCCCCGUUUUAAGGCUAUUCCUAGUUAUUCAGCUAGGAGGUCCUUGUUUGAACACUAUGUUAAGACCCGUGCUGAGGAGGAACGUAAGGAAAAAAGAGCUGCUCAGAAGGCUGCAAUGGAGGGAUUUAAACAGUUACUGGAUAGGGCAUCUGAGGAUAUCGAUCACACAACUAGUUAUCAAACAUUCAAAAAGAAAUGGGGGAAUGACCCGCGGUUUGAAGCUUUGGAUCGUAAGGAUCGGGAGAAUUUAUUGAAUGAAAGAGUCCUUUAUCUGAAGAAGGCUGCCAUUGAAAAGGCUCAAGCUUUAUGGGCUGCUUCCACCACUAGUUUCAAGUCCAUGCUGCAGGAGAGAGGAGAUAUCAACGUCAAUUCCCGUUGGUUCAGGGUAAAAGAUAGUCUGCGGGACGAUCCAAGGUACAGAUCUGUUAAGCAUGAGGAGCGUGAGAUGUUAUUCAAUGAGUACAUAUCCGAACUCAAGGCUGUUGAGGAGGAAAAGCAGCGUGAAUCAAAAGCUAGAAAGGAGGAGCAGGAGAAACUGAAGGAAAGGGAGAGAGAAUGGCGGAAACGGAAGGAAAGAGAAGAGCAAGAAAUGGAAAGGGUGCGCCUAAAAGUACGGAAAAAAGAGGCAGUUGCAUCUUUUCAAGCACUGCUUGUUGAAUCGAUCAAAGACCCUCAGGCCUCUUGGACUGAGUCAAAAGUUAAAUUGGAGAAGGAUCCACAAGGGCGUGCAUCCAAUCCUGAUUUAGAUUCAUCUGACACAGAAAAGUUAUUCAGAGAACAUGUAAAGAUGCUUCAAGAGCGGUGUGCAAACGAGUUCAGAACUCUAUUAUCUGAAGCUUUUACAGCCGAGGUGGUUGCUCAGUUAUCUGAAGAUGGAAAGACGGUUCUUAAUUCAUGGACAAUGGCUAAACGAAUUCUGAAGCCUGAUCCCAGAUAUAGUAAAGUCCCAAGGAAGGAAAGGGAAGCACUUUGGCGUCGAUAUGCUGAUGAUACAUUGCGGAAGCAGAAAUUGGCAAACGAUCACAAGGGAGAAAAACAUAACGACUUUAAGAGUAGAGCAACCAUUGACGCUGGAAAAUUUCCUUCUAAACCAAGAAUCCACGAGUGAAGAAGAAAGUUUGAAGCGUUUUUUUCAUCUCAUUCGAAUUUUUUGGUCGACAGGCAGACGUUUUCUCUUCCUAUCACGAUUGUUCUUUCAUAGGGAUGGGAUCACGUUCAGUCCUGAUAUAAUCAGUGUUUUCAAGUGCACCUUUUUGGUGAUUUGUUAGUUUACUCGAAAAUAUAUUUAUACUGCCGAAGGAACUGGUUCAGCAAUUGUGCAAUUCCUUUCGGUCUGGUUCUUUUCAAUAUUAUAUAUGCGAUAGGAUGGUUUAAUAGUUGAGAAUUCACAUGUCAUGGUAGUAAGUAACUAGUAACUAGUAACUAGUAAGUUUCGCCAUCGAACUGAUAACAGCGGUUACUGGAUUGGAAAUGGUUCGAUCCAAAUCAGGACAUGCAUGUACUUAAACGGAUAAUCUAUCACGUUAAGCAACUUUCAAGAAA